AUGACGAAAGGUACUUCGAGUUUUGGUAAACGUCACAAUAAGACGCACACUCUGUGUCGUCGUUGUGGACGGUCAUCGUAUCACAUACAAAAGUCCAAGUGCGCCCAGUGUGGAUACCCGAGCAAGAAGCUCCGUCAUUACAAUUGGAGCGUCAAAGCUCAACGUAGGAAGACCACCGGAACUGGCCGACUCAGACAUCUGAAGAUUGUUCGCAGGAAAUUCAGGAACGGUUUCCGUGAAGGAACUCAAGCUAAGCCCAGAACUAGACAAAGUUAA